UUCGCUUUCACGAUACUUCCAAACUUGAAACCACAUAUUCCUCUGAAAUCCAUACAAACCCAAACUCACAACAAAGAUGUGCGGCGCGGAUUGCUUUUUGAUGCUCCUUUCGGUUCUUUUCCCUCCCAUAGGCGUAUGGGUUAAACGCGGUGUCUGCAGCGCAGACUCGCUCAUCAACAUCGCGCUCUGCUGUCUCGGUUUCCUACCGGGUCUGCUUCACGCCUGGUACAUCAUCCUCAAAUACCCCGACCCGUACGAAUACGAGGGACUCCAAGGAGGCGAGCGUGCAGGAGGCACAGUCACAUACUUUUACGUCGCUCAGGGCGGACCGCCGGGACAUGCGAACUAUGGUACUGUGGGAAGCCAGCCCUCGGCCGGUCAGUUCCCCGGCCAGCAGGAGAGCGGCGUCGUGAAUGCGUUUCCGCAGCCGAAAGCGAAUCAAGGUGGACAAGCGAAGGCCCAGCCUCAGCAGCAUGUGCCGAAUGGCGAGGGGAGCAGUCAGCCGUCUGGGCCGCCGCCGACGUAUGCCGAUGUGAUAAAGGGGGACCAUAAGGUGCAGGGUCCGUGA